AUGGCGCUGUGCGACUCCGCUUCCUGCUUCGUGAGCGCCCCCGCCGCCCCGGCCCUGCGCGCCUCCGCGCCGGCCCUGCGUGCCUCCGCCUACGAGCCGCGCGCCGAGAGCGCCGCGAGCUCGGGCGCCACCACCGCCGCGUGCUCCUUCGUGGCGGCUGGCGUCGUGGGCGCCGCCACGAGCCGCCGGCGCAGGCAGCGUGGCGAGCGCGGCGCGCGGCGCGCGGCGGAGACGUUCCAGCAGCUGGCCAUGGGCUACCCGGGCAGCUACGAGGAGAUCGCCGACACCAACCCGGUGGAGAAGAAGACGGACAUCAUCUGCACGAUCGGGCCGAAGUCCUGGUCGCCCGAGAAGCUGGUGGAGCUGAUGAAGGCGGGCAUGAACGUCAUCCGCUGCAACAUGUCCCACGGGGACCAUGAGGAGCAGAGCAUGAAGCUCGCCAACCUCGAGAAGGCCUACGAGCUGGCCCCAGAGUUCAAGGGCACUGUCAAGAUCCUGAUGGACACCCGGGGGCCCGAGAUCCGGACUGGGACCUUCGAGGUGUACAACUCCAAGAAGGAGCUCAAGGCCGGCCAGGACUUCAAGCUGGUGUGCAACGACUAUUCCAUGAAGGGCGACGAGAGCGCCGUGGCCAUCACGUACUCGGAGCUGCCUGGGUCCGUCAAGCCGGGCCAGCGCAUCCUGAUCAUGGACGGCACCGUGGUGCUGGAGGUCAAGGAGCCGGGCGACGGCUUCGUGAUGUGCAAGGUGAUGAACGACUGCAAGUUGGGCGAGAAGAAGAACGUGAACGUCCCCGGCGUGAAGGUGAACCUUCCGGUGGUCGACGAGCGUGAGAUCAAGGACAUCGUCGAUUGGGCCGUCCCCAACAAUGCGGACUACAUCGCGCUCAGCUUUGUGCAGAGCCCCGACGAUGUGAAGGAGUGCCGCAAGCACUGCGCCGACAAGCCCAUCAAGAUCAUCUCCAAGAUCGAGAACGUGGAGGGCCUGAAGAACUUCGACGCCAUCCUGGCGGAGUCCGACGGCAUCAUGGUCGCGCGCGGCGACCUGGGCAUGGAGAUCCCCAUGGAGAAGAUCUUCAUGGCGCAGAAGAUGAUGAUCGCGAAGACCAAGGCGGCCGGCAAGUACGUCGUCACGGCCACCGAGAUGCUGGCGUCCAUGGAGGACAAGCCCUUCCCCACCAGGGCCGAGGCCUGCGACGUGGCCAACGCGGUCCUGGACGGCACCAGCGCUGUGAUGCUGAGCAGCGAGUCGGCCAUGGGCGACUUCCCGGUGGAGACCGUGACGAUGAUGCGCCGCAUCUGCGAGGAUCGAGCAGAGUACUCGAUGACCAGGGUCCCCGUCGCGGCGUGA